UCUCUGAUGACACAUUUUUCCCGCGACAUUCAAGCUCUCAACUCGAGCCACCGAGCCGACGAGUAAACAGCUUUCCUGCGCCACCAAAAUGCUCAAAAAGAAAUCGAGCAGCGGCGACAAGAAACGGAAACACGCGCAGCCCGAAGAACGACACGACGGCAACAAACGCAGAAGUGCGGAAUCCGGCUUAAAGCAGGAGUCCAAGGAUGACCUGGCCGAUGCGGAGCUGGACCGGAUUGGCAGUGACAUUGAAGAGGGCGGCCUUGACCUCGGCCUGCCGUUCCAGCCAAUCACCGCCUACGUCGGCGACAAGCGGGAGAUGCUGGAGCAGUGUCUCCAUGUGCUGGGGGAGAAGAAGCUCCGCAAAAUGCUGCCAGAUGAGCUCAAGGACCUUAGCUUAGAGGAAAUCCAGAAGAUGUGCUGGGAGCAACUGCAGCUGAUCUCGGAGAAGAACCUUUCACAGAUCUUAGCAGGAGAGGAACUGACUGUGAAUAACGGCAAACAAAACAGAGAGACCUUGGAAAGCCAGCAAGACAAUAAUGUGGACUCGACAUGUUGCCUCAAAGAAACUGCAAAAGCUGAGGACCCUAAGCAAGAGGGUGUUGGUUCCGGAGAGGAGAGCGACGUCCUAAGCAUAAACGCAGACAUUUACGAUAGCGACAUAGAGGGACCCAAAGACGAGCAGACUGUUAAAGCUGCGGCGGUGAAAGUAGCGGAAAGCAGCAAGGACGGUGCCGAGCCGGCUGUAAACGUGGGGCCGACGGCUCCUGAGCCUCCCAAAGGCCCCCAGGCGCCGGAAGCAAAGAAAGACAUCCUCAGCGACAUAGACAGAAGCGUCAGCGAGAUUUUAGCCGUCUCCUCCUCUCCAGGCAAAGAGGAAACUGAAGAGCAGGGUGUACCGCCGCAGUCCACAGAUGCCAGUUUAUCUGUUCAAGGCCUACCCGCUUCAAGCCGCGGCCCUGCAGCAGGUCAGCCAUCCAUUCAGCAACUGGAGCUACUGGAGUUAGAAAUGAGGGCGAGGGCCAUCAAGGCCCUGAUGAAAGCAAGUGAUGGGAAAAAGCCUUCCAUGGCCAUAGAUAUGUAGCGUCCAUUAUUUGGUCUCGGCCUAAUUAAAUCUGUUUUUUCAGCGACAGGCCUGAUUUCUGUUUCAAACCCGUGAUUUAUUGCUCCCAGUGUACCUUUUCAAACCAUGCACCGUCCUCGAUUGCUUUCCUCCCUCUGGUCACUAGAUGGCAGUGUUGACCCGUGGUGUGUGGCGAGGCCCACAGGGUUUAUCGGCUCACGUCACAGUCAAAAUGCAAAGACAGCAUAAAAGUGUUAAAGGUUAAAUUAUUUGUCCAGUUACAGUGACAUUAAAUCAAUGUUAGACGAUGUGAGUAUAUCAGAAACGUCACUCGCGUGUCUCUUUUUCAUAUUUGCAUCUCUUAAAAGUUGAGGUAAAUCUCUUACAAACAUAAUACAGAGAACAGGAAAUACUCACCUAGCUAUAAAAUAAGUGCUCUCCACAACUAUGCAGCAACUUAAGUCAAUCUGCCAGAGUGGCUUUAAAAUGAUUGCGUUCCAUCCGUCUAGGUGGCAGCAGGAAUUAAUAGCAUCCCACUGCUUGACGUAGCAUCUUUGCUGUAAUUUAUUCCGAUGCUGCUUUGUUCUAGUUUAUACUGUAAUGCUCUGCUGUGUGUGCAAUUACAUGCAGAUCCAGAGCAAAACGGCUCCGGAUCCCCUGAGGAGACAAGGAAUCGUGGCUCCUCUGUGUUUGCAUUUAAGAGGGUUAUUUCACUGGAGGAAUUGGGGUUACAUUAGUCUAGUGCAUGUGAAGGUAUUUGUCAAAUAAUACGAUUCUAAAGUGCUCGUAGUGUCAGUGUUUUUUUAUUUUAUUUUUUUAUUUGUGCCACUACUGCUAUUUGAGUGGUACGAGCACACAAGUGGCUUUUUAAGCAGGCUUCAAAAUUAGCAGCCCUAAGAAGCGAUCGAUGGAGAUAAUGCUGAGUUUUUUUCUAUUUCCUAUUCCGUGAUCCACGUGGAAAUACUUUGAUGAUUCAGUUGAUCUGAAGAAAAAAGUGUGUAAAACAUUUCUGUGCUAAAAAAAGUUCUCCCUCAUUGAUGCGACCAAACCACUGAUUUGCUGAAAGUUUCAGUGACGUGUUGCAAAGUCCAUUUUAAACAGAGUGGUUGUGUAUUUAGUUCACUUUGUUGUGUUUGAAAACCUUUCAACGCUUGCUUCAGUUUCGGUCUGUUGGACUUGAAUAUCCUAAGAAUUACCAAAUGGAUUGCCACUAAACGUGAACGCCACCUGUAGUCCUCAGACUAUGAAUAAUUGGAACCUGCUCUCUGAAGUAAAAUGUCUUUCAUGUCAGACACAUGUAACCUAAAAAAUGACUGGAACCGGUCCCGUUAUUCUCAGCUGCACUUUGUAUUGCAAUGUGACUUGCACGUGCCAAUAUUCACAUUUUCGACCGACGUGCUGACCGCCCCUGCCGUGCUCGCUGUGUGAUCCGUGUGCCUGGAUGUUUGCUGUACUUCCUGCUGACAAAUGACAGCUGAGGCUGUUUGCUUGUUUGCACGUUGCCUCUCGCCUCGGUUCCACAUGAUCUGACAAGCUGCGAGACGUUUCCACGUGACCACUGUUGAAUUACCACACGGCAUUUCUUUUCAGAAAAGGUGGUAAGCUGCCACGAUGUCUUGGAUUUUUAAAAUUUGAUUAGUUUUCUUGUGUGCAGUGAGUAUUUCAGGCUUGCGCUUCGGUAGGAAAGGUUGUCUUUGCUGUUGCUAAGGCGCAACGCUUCCCUCCCUAAGGUUUGAUUUGGUGCACGUUGCUGCUAUUCCGAUAUUUUCAAAUGUUUUUUUAUUUUUUCAUUUAUUUUUGACGCUUGUUGUGCUCCCUUUCUUUCAUUUAGUAUUUUGAGAUUUGGGGUGAAUUUGUGUUCAUAAGUGUGAUUUGUUCCUCGGAGCCACAGGCUGGAAGCACCAGCAUGUUUGUGAAAAAGAAGGAAAGACAAAAAAAAAGCAGGUGUUGACGUGUGAUAAUGCUGAUGUCAUUGUCUUUUUAAGAACACAUCCUGUACAUCAAUAAAAUAAGUCUCUACAAAUUUC